AUGGACUUUAAUACUUCAUUCUUUGAUGACAGUCCUCAAUACCCUACACACUUUAUUUUUAAUCAAUCACAACAACAGGGUUUUGCUAAUAAUUUGAUCAGCUUUCAUCAUCAACAACAAGAAGAAUCAUCGUUUGGAUUUCAACAACAGCAGUCAUCCUCUCUUCAGGGCACUUAUGGCGGCAUUUCAAUUAAUGAGACCAAUCAUCCUCAUUUGUCUAAUUAUCAGUUGCAAAGAGUAGUAGGAAGCCAAAUGCAUACUCAAUAUCAACCAUCAUUACUACCAGAUCAACAGAAAAUUAUAUUUGAGCAGCAUCAGCAGCAGCAGCAACAACAGCAACCGCUUGUAACAAAUCAAAGAUCUAGUAAUAGAAAAAACAAGUUGAAAAGAAAAAUAACAUAUCAAGGAUUUUCUGAUGAGGACAUGGCAGACGAGGAUGAAGAGGAAUACGAUGAUGAUGAUGAUGAUGAUGACUUUAAGGCACAUCGAUCUACAUCUGCUCGGAAUAAAUCAUCUUCUGCUAAAACUGAAGCACCUGUUGUAAUGAUUCCAAUGGCAACAAAGCUAUUUGAAAAAAUGUUAGAUUAUCGGUUAAAUGCAAAUACAAAUCAACCAGAAUUUUUAGUAAAAUUCAAGUUUUCUAGUUAUCACCAUUUGGAAUGGUUGUCAAAAGAGAGAGUAGAAGCAGAACAUUUAGGAAAACAUCGUAUUAAAAAAUUUUUGACAAAAUGGAAUCAAGAUGGACAACGAGGAGAAGAUUAUUCUGAAUAUUUAAAAAUAGAUCGUAUCAUUGAUGAAGGUGAUUUAAUGGAUCCUUUAACGGGUAAAACUAUUCUUUAUUACUUGGUUAAAUGGAAUGGAUUGUUCUAUGAUGCAAGUACUUGGGAAAGUGAAGAAGAUGUGAAGGAGAUGGAUUCAACUAAAAUUAUUGAAUUCCAACGUAAUCGUACUAUUCCCCAAGAGAAACUACCUGAUCCACCUAAGCGACCUAAUUAUACACAAUUUGUCAAAUACAAUCAAAGUCAAAAAUAUAAGUUUGAUAAUGAAUUGCGUUCUUAUCAACUAGAAGGCUUGAAUUGGCUACGAUUUUGUUAUUAUCAUCAUCGUUCGUGUAUAUUGGCGGAUGAAAUGGGACUUGGUAAAACAGUUCAAUCUGUGGCCUUUUUAAAUGAUAUUUACUAUCGAAUCAAUAUCAAAGGUCCCUUCUUGAUUGUAGCUCCACUCUCAACUAUUCCUCACUGGGAGAGGGCCUUUAAAGCUUGGACAAAUUUAAAUGUCAUUGAUUAUCGUGGUAGUAUCUUGUCUCGUAAUUUGAUUGCAGAAACUGAAUUUUAUUACAAGGAUAUACAAAGUCGAACUAUACCUAAUCGGUAUAAGUUUGAUGUCUUGAUUACUACAUAUGAAAUGGCCCUAGCAGGCACUCAUCAUAUAAAAGAUAUUUCUUGGAAAUGUGCCGUAUUUGAUGAAGCGCAUCGAUUGAAAAACAAGCAAUCUAAAGUGGGUGAAGUACUUAAAUCAUUUUCAAUCGAUCAUAAAUUAUUAUUAACUGGUACACCUUUACAAAAUAAAUUGGAUGAGCUUUAUAGUCUUCUAAAUUUUAUGCAACCUGAAGUAUUCAACAAUGAGAGGGCCUUCUUUGCAGAAUAUGGCAAUUUACAAACUGCAGCUGAAGUAGAAAAGCUUCAAGCAUUAUUGAAACCUAUUAUGUUGCGUCGAUUUAAAGAAGAUGUUGAAAAAAGUAUUCCUGUAAAAGAAGAAACAGUGAUUGAAGUUGAAUUAACGAAUCCUCAAAAGAAAUGGUAUCGAGCUAUUCUAGAAAAGAAUUUCAAUUUUUUAAAAAAAGGAGGAAAAACUAACAGAGAAAUGCCACAUCUUCGUAAUAUCAUGAUCCAGCUUAGAAAGUGCUGUAUUCAUCCUUAUCUAUUAGAAGGAGCGGAAGAAAUGAUUGUUUCUGAAAAUAGGGCAAAAACAAUUCAAGAUCAAUUUAAAUGCUUAAUUGAAUCUUCUGGUAAAUUGGUUUUAAUUGACAAACUUUUACGAAAAUUAUUCGAAGGAAACCAUAAAGUCUUGAUAUUUUCUCAAUUCACGAGCUGCUUAGAUAUUUUGUCUGAUUAUCUUCAUGGUCGACAGUAUCCUCAUGAACGUAUUGAUGGAAGUGUCCCUGGUGAACAAAGACAAGCUGCUAUUGAUCGUUUCUCUACAUUACCUAUCAAUCAAUCCUUUGUCUUUUUAUUAUGUACAAGAGCAGGUGGUGUUGGUAUUAAUUUGACUGCUGCGGAUACAUGUAUCAUCUUUGAUAGCGAUUGGAAUCCACAAAAUGAUUUACAAGCACAAGCACGUUGCCAUCGUAUUGGUCAAACAAAGCCUGUAAAAGUGUAUCGACUCAUAUGUAGAAAUACAUAUGAAAAAGAUAUGUUUGAUCGUGCAGGUAUGAAAUUAGGUCUUGAUAAAGCUGUGAUGCAACGUAUGAAUCAACACAAUGUAAGUCAGAAUGAAUCCCCUGAAGAUGAAUCGUCACCGGCCAGUAUAUCCAAAAACGAAUUGAAUCGAAAGGAGAUUGAGGAUUUGCUUAAAAAGGGGGCCUAUGGUGUUAUCAUUGAUGAUAGUGAAAGUGAACAGUUUUGUGCAGAGGACAUUGAUCAAAUCCUUGAAAGACGUACGACCGUGAUUCGACAUGAAGGGAAUGAAAAGGGCUCUGUUUUUUCCAAGGCUACUUUUUCCACGACUCAAAAUAAUGAACACGAUGUUGAAUUGGAUGAUCCUGAUUUUUGGGAAAAAUGGGCAGCUCAGGCUAAUUUAGAUAUGAAUGAAUUUCAAGACGAGAAUGAAUUAAUUGUUUAUGAACCACGUAAGCGACGUCAAGUACAACGCUUUGGUACACGUUCUGCUGACGGUAUCUAUGAUUCAUCGAAUGAUAAUGCAGACGAUUCUGAUGCUUAUGAAGAUGAGUCUGAGAAAUCAAGGAAACGUGAUCAACCUCGUUUAUGGUCAUUAUCUGAAAAGACAAAAUAUGAACGUAAAUUGAUGGUCUAUGGCUAUGGACCUUGGAAACAGAUGCAAGCUCAUUUUCCACGUCGUACUGAAAGGGACCUGAAGGCUGUGACUCGAUGUUUGAUACGCCAAGUAAAGCAUGUCCUUGAGGGCAGUACAGCUUCAGAGGAAGAUCGUAAAUUACUUCGUGAUAUGGAAUACAUAUUAGAAAGUGAUGCUCAAAGUGAGCCUCCAGAAAGCGAUUUUACGAUACCUUUUGUAGGUGCUACUAAAAGACAGAUAGCUGAAUAUAGGUCCUUCUUGAUUCAAGCCCCCGCUGAUUAUAGAGAGCAUAUUGAACGCAAAGGUCGUAACUUUUUGUUAAGAAUUCAAAUGCUCUAUAUGGUUCGUGAUCGUAUCGUGCCAAAGGAUUGGGAGAAAGCGAAGGUGCUCCCUAUUCCUAAAGUGAAUGGUUCUUUGCCUUGUGACUGGUGGGGUGAAUCUGAAGAUCGAGAUCUCUUACUGGGCAUCAUCAAGCAUGGUUAUCAGCAAUAUUUAACGAUGCGUACAUUGCAAGAGGAUGAUGAAGAAGGGUCUUCAACAAGUGAGCAUAAACAUCAUGACGAUAGUCCCUCUGAUUUUGUGGAUCGUUUAGAGGAUAAAACAGUGUAUGUGUGGCCUUCUAAGGCAGAUAUUGGUAUGCGUCUUCGUCGUAUCAUUGCUGCUUUCUUAAGAGAGGAUGGUAACCCUAAUCGACGACGCAAAACGGACAAUUCAAAUUUAGCCGAAGGUCUUGGUCAUCAAAGUCGAUCAUCACGACAGCGAUCUCGAGGAGGCGGUAGUGAAGCAGGCAAUCGAUGGCAAAAGAAAAGUCGUAGUGAUUUUAUGAGAACCAUUUUAUCCUUUGGUGUAGAGACAGUAGCAGGUGAUCCAAAUAUUCGUUGGGAUCGAUUUAGAAAACUUUCUGGUUUAGAAAAGAGGACAGAUGCUGCUCUUGAUAUGUAUUAUUACAAGUUUUAUGCUGCCUGUAAAGAAAUUAUGAAAAAGCAAGCUGUAACAGAUGAAGGUCAAAGAAGUUGUCGUGAAUCAAGUGAAGAGGUUAUAGGAGGUGAGGAAUUAAAUCUUGUAGAAACAAUUCCUUAUGAUAAAGCAAGACGUGCAUUAAAGCGUAUUGAACAAAUGAAGAAGAUUCGUGAACGUGUUAUUGUAGAUCCUGAUUUUGAUAAAUUAAUUGAAAAGGCGCGAAGAACAUCUGGUUUGCCACCUUGGUGGGAAGUGCCACUUCACGAUAAAGCUUUAUUAAGAGGAAUUUGUAAGCAUGGUAUUGGACGACAUGAUUUGAUGAUUACAGAUACAGAAUUGCCCUUUCAUCAAAUUGUAAAUGAAAGUAGUAGUGAAGAUCAUCAAGAAGCAAACAUCACACUACUACUAGGACGUAUUGGAUGGCCAAAAGAUUUAGUCAUUCAAAGACGUAUCGAAUCACUAUGUGAACUCAUUCUUCGACCUAAACCACCAUCCAAACGACCCAAUUAUAAUCGUAAAAGGAAAACACUUUCUUCCACUACUAGUAGUCAUCAUAUGGAUACAAACAUCGAAACCCAAUCCGCUGAAAAGCCAUCUACUGCUACUGGUAUGAUGAGUGGGAAGCAUAUCGGAAGAGUGGGAGGGAAGACGAUUCAUCCAGGUUAUAUUAUAUCACCUUCUGUAUCUAAUAGAAGAUAUUUGAGUGAUGUAGCUACAACAAGUGAAGAAGAAGAAGAAGAAGAAAAGGAUGAUGAUGCAGAAGAAGAAUUAAGAAGACAAAAGAAAGCACGAUAUGAAAUGUAUUUACAUCAACAACAAGUACAAAAACGAAUACCGACAAAGCCCUUAAAAUCACAAAGCUUUAGCCAUCCUCCUAGUAGAUACCCUUCAUCAUCCAUAUCUAAUUUAACACAUUCGCGUUUUAAAGGACAAAGUCAAUUAUCUUCUCCUAGUCAAGAUGAAAUGGAAGAAGGAGAAAUAAGUGAUACAACAGAUGAUAAUGAUGAAUAUAGUGUGUCCAAUGAAUCAUCUUUUUUUGCUUCUUGA